CUCUGGGAGCAGCUGACUGGUCGCCCUGGGUCUGGCUUCGGAUCAAUUGGUGACGCCAAGGCUGGAGUCUGUGACUUCCUUUGGAUAGUCGCGAUGCGGGGGAGUUAAAACGAAACUGGGGAUCUCAGGAAGGUGAUCGGAGCUCUCAGGCAGAUCCAGAGGAAGGGUAGAAGUGACACUUUUUUCCCUGCCCAUGGAUUCCCCAGCAGGGUCUCCAUCCAGCAAUGCUGUUUUCGUGAGUGAAGGCAGAGCAGCUCGGGAGUGAGCCUGCUGGCGGCGUCAGGAAAGGUCUGGAUUUUGAGAAGGGUUUUGACAAGAAGAUGCUUUGGCUGCCUGCAGUUCUGCUUGUGUUUUUAGAAGCCAGACCCAGGGAGAAAGUGAACUGGGGCAAUUGAUAAGCCCAGAAUCUGGUGGAAGCAUCUUCUGAGACUGGGCAUUUCGUACUCCCUGGAGGAAGAUCUGCCUGCACUGCAAGUGUCCUCAGGAGGAGCACAUGGUGACGGUGAUGCCCCUGGAGAUGGAGAAGACCGUCAGCAAACUCAUGUUUGACUUCCAGAGAAACUCCACCUCGGACGAUGACUCGGGCUGCGCCUUGGAAGAGUAUGCCUGGGUCCCUCCGGGACUGAAGCCUGAGCAGGUACACCAGUACUAUAGCUGUCUCCCAGAAGAGAAGAUUCCUUAUGUCAACAGUCCUGGAGAGAAACUGCGAAUCAAGCAGCUACUCCACCAGCUGCCGCCCCAUGACAAUGAGGUUCGAUACUGCAAUUCCCUGGAUGAGGAAGAGAAGAGAGAGCUCAAGCUGUUCAGCAACCAGAGGAAACGAGAAAACCUGGGCCGAGGGAAUGUCAGGCCCUUCCCAGUCACAAUGACAGGAGCGAUUUGUGAACAGUGCGGAGGACAGAUCAAUGGCGGGGACAUUGCUGUGUUUGCAUCGCGGGCUGGCCACGGAGUUUGCUGGCACCCACCGUGCUUCAUAUGCACUGUCUGCAAUGAGCUCCUGGUGGAUUUGAUCUACUUCUACCAAGAUGGGAAGAUCUACUGCGGCAGGCACCACGCCGAGUGCCUAAAGCCGCGCUGCGCAGCCUGCGAUGAGAUCAUCUUUGCUGACGAGUGCACAGAAGCUGAGGGGCGGCACUGGCACAUGAAACACUUUUGCUGCUUCGAGUGCGAGACGGUGCUGGGCGGCCAGCGCUACAUCAUGAAGGAGGGAAGGCCCUACUGCUGCCACUGCUUCGAGUCCCUGUACGCGGAAUACUGCGACACCUGUGCCCAGCACAUAGGGAUUGAUCAAGGUCAAAUGACCUAUGACGGCCAACACUGGCAUGCCACUGAGACCUGUUUCUGCUGUGCUCACUGCAAGAAAUCCCUCCUGGGGCGGCCAUUCCUCCCGAAGCAGGGCCAGAUAUUCUGCUCGCGGGCCUGCAGUGCCGGUGAGGACCCCAACGGCUCUGACUCCUCCGAUUCGGCCUUCCAGAAUGCCAGGGCCAAGGAGUCCCGGCGCAGUGCCAAGAUCGGCAAGAACAAGGGCAAGACGGAGGAGCCGCUGCUGAACCAGCACAGCCAGCUGCAGGUGAGCUCCAACCGGCUGUCGGCUGAUGUCGACCCCCUGUCACUGCAGAUGGACCUGCUCAGCCUGUCCAGCCAGACGCCCAGCCUCAACCGGGACCCCAUCUGGAGGAGCCGGGAUGAGCCCUACCAUUACGGGAACAAGAUGGAGCAGAACCAGUCCCAGAGUCCUUUGCAGCUCCUCAGCCAGUGCAACAUCAGAACUUCCUACAGUCCGGGAGGGCAGGGGGCAGGGGCCCAGCCCGACAUGUGGGGCAAGCACUUUAGCAACCCCAAAAGGAGCUCGUCACUGGCCAUGAAGGGGCAUGGCGGCAGCUUCAUCAAGGAGUGCCGGGAGGACUACUACCCAGGAAGGCUGAGAUCCCAGGAGAGUUACAGCGAUAUGUCCAGUCAGAGCUUCAAUGAAACGCGAGGCAGCAUCCCAGGCCCCAAAUAUGAGGAGGAGGAGGAGGAGGAAGGAGGCAUGUCCACUCAGCAGUGUCGGACCCGUCAUCCGAUCAGUUCUCUCAAGUACACUGAGGACAUGACGCCCACUGAGCAGACCCCUCGGGGCUCCAUGGAAUCACUGGCCCUGUCAAAUGCCACAGGCCUCUCCGCAGACUGUGGCGCCAAGCGUCAGGAGCACCUCUCCCGGUUUUCCAUGCCUGACCUCAGCAAAGACUCUGGGAUGAAUGUCUCCGAGAAGCUGAGCAACAUGGGCACCCUUAACUCGUCCAUGCAGUAUCGGAGCGCAGAGUCAGUUCGCAGCCUGCUCUCUGCCCAGCAGUACCAGGAGAUGGAGGGAAACCUCCACCAGCUCGGCAACCCCAUUGGGUACAGAGACCUACAGUCCCACGGAAGGAUGCACCAGAGCUUUGAUUUUGGUGGAGGGAUGGCGGGCAGCAACCUGCCCGGGCAGGAGGGCAUGAGGAUCCAGCCGAUGAGCGAACGCACCCGGAGAAGAACUCCUUCGCGCGAUGACAGCCGCCGCUUCCGACCUCACCGGUCCAGGCGUUCUCGGCGCUCUCGCUCAGACAACGCCCUCCACCUGGCCAGCGAACGCGAGGCCAUCUCUCGGUUGAAAGAAAGGCCCCCGCUGAGAGCCAGGGAGGACUAUGACCAGUUCAUGCGCCAGCGGAGCUUCCAGGAGAGCCUGGGGCGGGGGUCCCGCAGGGACCUGUACGGCCAGUGCCCGAGGACUGUGUCGGACCUGGCUUUGCAGAAUGCAUUCGGGGAGCGAUGGGGACCCUAUUUCACCGAGUAUGAUUGGUGUUCCACCUGCUCUUCCUCUUCGGAGUCUGACAACGAGGGCUACUUCCUAGGAGAACCAAUCCCCCAGCCCGCCCGCCUGCGAUACGUCACGAGCGAUGAGCUGCUGCACAAGUACAGCUCGUACGGCAUCCCCAAGUCUUCCACCUUGGGUGGCAGAGGACAGUUGCACAGCAGGAAAAGACAGAAGAGCAAAAACUGUAUCAUUUCUUAAUAUCACGGGGGCCUGGGGAUGAGGGAAGAUGGGAGCAAAGAAUGUAAAUUGAGAAACUUGCACUGUUUUAAAUUUCAAAGCGCUUUUGGGGGAGGGCUGACUGGGGAGAAGAGGGGGAAAAAGCUCUCAGUUGCUAGAGGCAGGGUUACAGAUUGAUUCAUUAGGUAGUCCCAGUUCUUGGCAUGUUGAAUAUUAUUUGCACAUUUCACUUUGGAAACACUAUAGACUCUGUCGAGGCCAGGGUUGGUCGCCUUCCUCUUUCAGUUCCGUGUUGAGUUGCCACCCCUAAGAUGGCAAAUUGUUCCCCGCUCGCUUACACUCCUCUCUGGUUCUCUCACUUUUAGGGCCCUUUUUCCAGUAAGUAAUUUGUUUAUUAUUAGACAGGACCCAAGACUAAGUUAUUUACAUGUCCAUUGUAAAUGCAUUGUAAAUGAGAGUUCUGAUAAAAUAUUUUUGUAUUUUGUAAUAUCAAAGGAAUUUCUAUAUCGUAGGACUCAGUGGGACUUGCAUGCACAUCCAGCAUUGUCUGUGAAUAGUAGUAUUCAGCAGUGGUCCAGGACCACCUUUCUUCCCCACCCCACCCCACCCCACCCCCAUACAGAUUUGUUACAUGUUAGUGAGACCUUUUUCAAAGGAGCAUAUUCAAUUUGGCUUUUUGUGGCUGGAAAAAAUUAUUCUACCCAAAGCAUUUGAUGCUUCAUUCCAUUUUAAGGAACCAUCCUUAAGUCUUCUGCCACCCUCAGUAGAAGUUAUUCUCUACAAAGUGAUAGUACAUUUUUUUUAAUUGCAAACAUAACUUUUGCCAAUUAGAGAAACUAGCCAGUGUCAGUAAAGUUCCGUGAGGAAUGCCAUCCCUGCUGAGAACAUUGAAGUUGCUUACUAUUGAUCUAUCCCUUGGGGAAAAUAAAAGUGACUGUGAGUGGUGCUGUUGUGUGAUGUCAGCAUGACGUUGUUUUGAAUGUGGCAUUAUUUUCUGGUGCUCAUGUUUCCUGGAUUGUAUUAUCUGCUUUCCUUUACCAAGGCAGACAGAACUGCUGCCUGAGCCUGACAACCGGUUGUCCUCAAAGCAAAUGAACUUAUGUGUUUGGAAUUGAAGGACCGAAAGGUUCUGGGGGGUGCUGCGAGUGGUGGUGUGUUCAACGUUGCACGUCAUGAAGGAACAAGGCAGUUUGAAAACAGAAAGCAGGUCGAGGGCCCAGGAUAGAAACGGAAGGGGAAAAUGAAGGAAGGUCAGGGCCAAGAGCUUAUGGGAAUGAAAGAGAGAAGUGGUGUCUCCCCACCCCUUGAGUAGCCCCCAGUGCUUGGAGAAAGAAUCUAGUUUAACAAGCUCAGAAACUGGAGUAUUUGGGUUCCCCAUGGAAGGUUGAGAUGCUCAGGAGAUUUCAAUGUAAUGACUUUGAAAAACCGACUCUGUUGAAAGGGGGAUUUCCAUUUUGAAUGGGCUCAAAAGUGAGUUUGCUUACAGAAGACAUUUAACGGUUGUGCUGUUUAUAGUAAAAUAAAACUUCCUAGCUUGCUUCAGUUCAAAAAGAAGCGCUUGCUUUUUCUUCCUUUCUCCUCCUCCCCUUAAUGGAUUGUGGCAGUUGAAAUAAUCCAUCGGAGGACCCAUCUUUAGUGAGAUGUACUGUCGAUGUAGUACAUGGUGUAUCUCAGUGGCCAUCUGCCAUGGUGAGGUGAGCGUGAUCUCUUUUCAGUAUAGUAGUUAAAUUUUCUAGUGUUUUUUUAUGGAGAGAAUGUGAAAAGUGGCUUUUCAGACACCUUCCCAAGUGGGUCUGAGGAAAGGAAGGCUGUAACGGACAUGGAAAUGGCACUCCAUUCAGGAUGUAGUAAAAUAAUUUGCCUUUCAGGUAUUAGUAUGACAUUUGUCAUUGUCACUGAUUUUUUUAAAAAGCGAUGCAAAUGUUGGUUGUGGCUGUUUUCCGCAUGCUAUCUUCAUAUCUAAAUGCUUCAUUAAUUACCCAAGCCUCCGGAGAAUUAACUAUUACGUUUGUAUAGUAAGUUUAUAAACUACUUGGCAAACCGAGUAAGAAAACGUGUGCAACACCACGCUGUUAACGUGGCAAGUUUCUGGUAGAAAUCGGGUGAGUCCAAUGUGGAGUUUUGAGUUUCUUGAUUGAUGAGACUAAAAAGGCGUUUUUGGAAAAAGAAAAGAGAAAGUAGAACACUUAACUUAGCAAACAGCUGAAAAUAUGUCUGUCUUCUGUGGCCCCGAAUCCAAGGAAAGAAAUUCUCCCAGUAAAACUUGCUUUCUAAUCCUUUUCAGAAUUCUUCUUCCAUUUCCCAAAUAAGGCUUUACCAUCAGCAGCAGAAAGAAGAAGCUGGCCUAGAAACUGACACACAACCAGAGGAAUAAGCAGUGUCGGAUCCAGCUGCCCAGGGAGCAUCCAGGGCACUGAACUGGUCAGAGCUUGAGAUUUAAUGAGAUACGAGCCUCAGGGUCAAACUGUCUGCAAGUAAGGUUGCCUCAUCUAUUCCACCACUGCAGAUUUCUUCUCCAUACCUCACCCCACCCCAUCCUACGCCCAGCUGGGCACCUUACAGAGAAUGCAAAACAGAGGAAGGCUAAUUUCUCACAAGGAUGGGGGAAACUCCCAAGUGGAUGCCCUAGAGAGGGCAAGGUGUCAUUAUUUUGGGAAUACCACCUGUUAAUGAUAACUUACAUGUAACAUCUCAGAGUCCGUUUUCCAAAAACUCAAUGCAUUCGUUUCUGAGGCACGAACUUAAGUUUCCUCCAUCCUGUUAGCUCUUAUGGACCAAGGCUUUCCUGUGUUACCCUCUUCUUGGAUUAUCAUUUCAUCUUUCAUAGAUGGUUUUUCUCAAGAGUAAUCUUAUCCCAGUUUCCUCUCUUCUCUAAUGCCUUGAUUGAUCGUGGGUUUUCCCUCUCUCUCCUCAUGUUGGUCUUCUUCUUGUCUUUUAGUUAAAACUGCAUAUUUGGGGUUCAGUUCAUUUCUGAGUGGGGCUCAAUUCAAUGGCAUCAAAGUCCCAGGCCCGGAAAGUACAAGUCAUGGAUAGUGUCCUCAAUGGCCCUGCGAAUACAUACCACCCUUCGCAUUGCGAAGAAGGUUUCUUAGCCUGGUGGCAUGGGGCAUGGAAUUCAGGGAUCCUUUCUUCUGUCAUAUAUUUCUGGGGUCUCUACCAAAUUUGAAAGGGGGGGUGGGUUGUGUGAGAGAUAUCAGAACCAUGCUUCCUGGUUUUCCACACUUACAAGGGGGGGAAAUUGCUGGAGUUGGUUGUUUUGACACCAUCUUUCCAUUAUCAGCAUUUAUUGUUUAAUCCUUCCUUUCCACCCCCAGCCUGCCCAGUGAGCAGGUAUUCUUGUGUUUCUAAUCUGGGACCUGGAAGCAGCUCUUUCUUAUCAUCUUUUCCCAUUCCGAAGGAUACCAGUGCAUUGCAAUGAGAUUACACUUCCUUCUCGUCCUACAGCAACUCUCUGACUCUUGGGUAUGCCUAGCCAUUGUUGAGUUUUGGUGGAGCUAGCAAUGGCAUUUGUGUAGCUCCCGUUCUGCUAUCCCUGCAGCCUGGGUAGGUAUUACCAGCCUUUCACUGUGUACUUUCCCAGAGGGGCUGGAUGCAGUCUCAGAUCGGAAUCUUUACAACACUCCAACCGGCAGGACCAGCUGAUCAGAAUCACUGUCUAAACUGAUUCUUAUUUGUCUUUCUUCCCUGGGCUCUCUUGUCAUUCAGUGACCGAAAACAGUAUGAUAGAACUUCAGGGAAUACCAUUCAUAAAUAAUAAUUGUGAGACUUCAUAUACUAUGACCUCAGAUUGUGGCUGCUAAAGGAAGGUGACUUCUUUAGGCUAAGUGAAGACAAAUCUCUUUCACCUCCUCUUCCAUUCUUGUGGUUUAUUUGCCAAUUAUUGCAGGCAGGCUCCUGUUCAUCCUAUGGCAGAGGUCAGAGACUAGCCCAUCUUAUUCUUCAUCUGAUCCCAUCUUCUAACAAGAAAUAGCAGAAAUAUUUAAAUUCCAAGGAGAAGUGCUAUUUGCGUCCUCUGCCUAACAGAAACCAGAUGCUAAUGCAUAAGAAGGAAGAGCCAUCUAUGACAAAGGAAAGUGGAAAAUUGAAGCAGUUACCUGAAUACUUCAUCCCCAAAGAGUUGCUAUUAGCAACUGUUCAGCACCUUCAGGGGCAUUAAAAUGCCUUUAAAAUGGGCUUUGCGGACAGCAUUUCAAAAGCAGGACUCAUUAGCCAAGCCGCCUCUGCUGAUGUUUGAAGGCAAUGUCAGCCACUUUUGAGGUACAUUUCUUUAAGGGCAAGAGAACUGGAAAUGUCUUUGCCUCCGGUGAUUUGUCCCUCAGACAAACACCGGAGUUUGUCUAUUUGACCAUUUGGAAGGAGCCAUCGAGGUUAGGAUCAAGAAAGGAUUGGAUUUCUUUUCCAUUUUCCCAUAAUAGCCCAGUCAACACAGGACUCCCAUCAAACAUGACUCACUGUUGGAAGCUACACUGUUUAAUAAGCUUACUGCCUGCUGACAAAACUAGCUUUUCUCCAGGGGAAUAAAAAAGGCAGGGGAAAAGUCCUGUAGUGUUAGGAAAACACUUCUGUGAUUUACUUACAGUGAAUCUGUAGGAUAAGAAAAAAUGGCUUGUUGUAUCCUGAGGGUUUUCCUUGACCCUUCAGGGGUCACCAGUGUUACUGACUGAGAUUUCUAAAAUUUCCAGGGAGCUACUAGCAGUAAAGUCUGUUCUCAAGUAUAUCCAGUCAAUCUCCUCAUUUUUCCACAGGGUAUGUGAUUCCAUCAUGGACCUUGAUAAAUGUUCAAGGUUGUAUUCUCCACUUUCCUUAGCAAAUUAUGACUUUGGUGGUUCUCCCUCCUCUGGACACAUUCUUUCCUGCACAGGAUUGCUUUGCCCAUCUCCUGCUUUGAUUUCCAGUGCAUAAACAAAACUUCAGAGGGCCUGAAAAGGUGAGGCUGGCCGGAGUCUGUGCUGUGUGUCGUGUCAAGCUGUCUGUUAAGAAGGUCUGCAGCAGGCCUUUGGCUUGGGCUCUGCCAGAGACUGUUGUGAACAUUUUGCUUGAGAUCCGUGCCCUGUAAAAUGGAUAUGAUGUUUUACUGAUGUCUGUAAUCCAUUUGUAAGCUUCCAAUAAAAUUUGAAUAAAAGAAA